AGUCGCCCAGCCGUCCCUUUCAAAACGUCACCUUCCUCGAUCGUUUGAUCAUUCACUCGCUCCAAUACCUUGUAAAUACAAUUUGAACAAAUCAGAAGUGGUGAUGAAAAGAAAAGAUCAGCAGUAAUGGCGUCGGCACUGGAGCAGUUUGUAAAUAAUGUCCGGACGCUCUCGGCGCAAGGAAACUUUCGGGAGCUAUGUGAUGUUAUAAGCAAGUCUACGGAUGUAUUAAUGAAGAAUGGUCAACAUCUAGAUAAUGUUCUAGAGACAUUGGAUUUGCAACAACAUUCGUUGGGUAUUUUGGCAGUGUUAUGUGUAAAAUUUUCACUACCUAGUCCAAGUGGUGCACGCAACCCUGAUGCCUACAAGCCGUUGUUCAAUCAAGUGCAAGAAUUCAUUCUAGGAUGCAAUGGAGAACAAGUUCGAUUUGCCCCGGAAACAUAUGCAGAAUUGUGUCAUCUGCUCACUCAAUCAUUGAUUGACCUUCACGUGCCCAUACGUGGUAUUGAAUUGCUACAUCGUGCAAUUCGUAAAAUCCAGUUAUUUGAUAGUCAGCUAACUUCGAUACAUGCUGAUUUCUGCCAGCUUUGCCUUUUGUCGAAGUGCUUUAAGCCUGCGCUUGAAUUUCUUGAUACAGACAUUACUGGAAUUAGCCAAGAAGGUGGACAGUUUGACUCAAAGUACUUUUUGCUCUAUUACUAUUAUGGUGGGAUGAUAUACACAGCGCUUAAGAACUAUGAUCGGGCAUUAUACUUUUUUGAAGUGUGCGUGACAACGCCCGCAAUGGCAGUUAGUCACAUUAUGCUUGAGGCUUAUAAGAAGUACAUUUUGGUCUCAUUGAUUUUGCCUGGGAAAGUAUUGAUUGUGCCGAAAUACGCCAGUCAGGUAGUGAACAGAUUUAUUAAACCCUUGAGUCAGGCUUACCAAGACCUGAUUACCGCUUACUGGACGAACAGUUGUGAUGAGGUUCAAUUAGUUAUCACUAAGUAUCAAGAGGUGUUUGUGAGAGACCAUAAUAUGGGUUUAGUCAAACAGGUACUUAGUUAUUUGUACAAGAAGAACAUACAGAGGCUGACGAAAACUUUUUUGACGCUCAGUUUGAGCGACGUUGCGAGUAGAGUUCAACUUCCGGGUCCUGCCGACGCAGAGAAAUACAUUCUCAAUAUGAUCGAGGACGGAGAGAUCUUUGCGACGAUCAAUCAGAAGGACGGCAUGGUGGUAUUCCAUGACGAUCCUGAAAAAUACAAUUCACCCAGGAUGCUUGCCAAGCUUGAGAAGGAGAUGGCCGCGUGUGCUGAGCUUGAUAAGCGGGUGCUUGAAAUGGAGGAGGAAGUAAUAGUAACGCCACAAUAUGUACGUAAAGCUUGUGGUCAAAAUGAUCAGGAUGACCAGACAACCGGAUCACCGUCAACUAUCGCACCAAACGCGCAGGGCCAGCCAAAACACAACACCUAUUCUAUGUAACAUACACACGUCGUUGUGCGUUAUCUUUAUUAAAAAAAAGAAGAAAAAAGGAAAAGAAUAAUGAAAUAUCUGUUCAAAGCGAUGCGUAUGUGGACAAAUUUUUGUGCGCAUCUUUGAUGACACGUAAUUCAAACAGUCCGUGAAUUUAAAUGCUCGAGUAAGAGGUAGUAAUAAGAUGAAAUGACCAUGAAAAUGUGUUAACUGGACAGCAUAAAGUAUGGAGAAUCGGCGCAAUAAGUUACCUCGUGGUUGGUCAAGAUUUUAUGAAAGACUCUGGGCUUCGACAAUUGUGUUGUGAAUAGUUUGCAAAAUAUUCAUUGACAAUUCGAAA